AUGGAAGUUGAAGGAUCAUCGAAGAAGAUGAUAGCGACACAGGAGGAGAUGGUGGAGGCCAGGGUUCCCUUGGCGUAUCGGGAUCAGUGCGCCCAUUUGCUCAUCCCUCUCAACAAGUGCAGGCAAGCGGAGUUCUACCUUCCAUGGAAGUGCGAGAACGAGCGCCACUCUUACGAAAAGUGCGAGUACGAACUCGUCAUGGAGAGAAUGCUCCAGAUGCAGAAGAUCCGCGAGGAACAACAAAAGGACAACGCCAAACAACCCCUAAUUCUCGUUCCCAAACCCGCCAAUGCCUGA